GGGAGCGCACCGCUGCUGACUGUCUGUCUGAAUCUUUCUCGAAUCCUGGGAAAGUUCCAGGGGCAGGCUGGCUGGCGGAGGGAUCUGGCACGCAGGCACUGCGGCUCCAGCCUGGCUGACGCCGGUGUUGUGGCGCUCUGCUCCGCUCGUGGAGGCUCAAGGGCUCCUAGCAAACACUCUCCCCACCUUGCUCUAUCCGCGCCGCGCUCAACUGGGAAGCCAGACAUCACACGCAUGAACAGAGAGACAGGAAUCGCCCCCGUCAUUCACAACAGUGAAGCGCUGUAGUGAAUGGACAUCACACAGCAGAGAUGACUGAAACCUGACCGGGACUUCUGACUGCAUGAGGAAUAACAUUCACUACAGGAGGCUACCAUUCUGACCAGACCAUAAUCCUGCUAAGAGAGAGAGAGGGAGAGACACACAGAGAAAGGGAGUGAAACAGAGAGAGCAAGAGAGAAGAAAAAUAAGAUAUUUGGGAUUGUGUCAUUAUUCCUACUCCUGGUCUCUUCAGGAAGCACCAACGGAACUAAUGAACACCAGCUUCUGUUUACAGUGACUCCUCACACUCCUCCUCGAGCUCCAUCCCUGAUCCCUCGCUUCCGCUCUCCUUUACCCGCGUGGGCGACAAUCCAUCCAUCACACUCCUCCUCUGUCCCCCUCUCCUACCUCCUCUCAUCACAUUCCCUCCCUCUUUCACCCAAGUGGGGGUUUCUCCUCCCUCCCUCCCUCCAUCCCUCAUGCACUCCUCCACCUCCAUCACGUCACUCUUCUCCUUCACCAGCCCUGCAGUGAAGAGGCUUCUGGGAUGGAAACAGGGGGAUGAGGAGGAGAAGUGGGCAGAGAAGGCUGUGGACUCCCUGGUCAAGAAACUAAAGAAGAAGAAGGGAGCGAUGGAGGAGCUGGAGAAGGCCCUCAGCUGCCCCGGACAGCCCAGUAAGUGUGUGACCAUCCCCCGGUCUCUGGACGGUCGUCUCCAGGUGUCCCACAGGAAGGGACUCCCCCACGUUAUCUACUGUAGGGUGUGGCGUUGGCCCGACCUGCAGUCUCAUCAUGAGCUCAAGGCCUUGGAGUGCUGCGAAUUUGCCUUCGGAUCCAAACAGAAAGACAUCUGUAUCAACCCUUACCACUACAGACGGGUAGAGACACCAGUGCUCCCCCCGGUGUUGGUCCCCCGCCACAGUGAGUUUAACCCCCAGCACAGUCUACUGGCUAAGUUCCGGAACGCCUCGCUCCACAACGAGCCCCUGAUGCCCCAGAACGCCACAUACCCGGACUCCUUCCCUCCUCACCCCUGCACCUCCUUCUCCUCCCCCUCCUCCUCCUCCCUCACCCAGUCUCCCACCCCCGCCAGCUACCCCAACUCUCCCAGCAGCGCAGCCGAACCAGCCAGCCCCUACCACAUCACAGCAGAGACCCCCCUCCCCCCAUAUAGCAUGAUGGAGACGGCCCCAACAGAGGAUGUCAAGCCCGGAGACUCCUCAAACACACACAAGCUCACCUUCUCAGCUCCGCACAUAGACCUGCGGCCUGUGUGUUAUGAGGAGCCAGAGUACUGGUGUUCAGUGGCGUACUACGAGCUGAAUAAUCGCGUUGGAGAGACGUUCCACGCCUCGUCCCGUAGCGUCCUGGUCGACGGCUUCACCGACCCCUCCAACAACAAGAACCGCUUCUGUCUCGGCCUGCUGUCUAACGUCAACCGCAACUCAACCAUCGAACACACACGCAGGCACAUAGGGAAAGGUGUUCAUCUCUACUACGUGGGUGGUGAAGUCUACGCUGAGUGUCUGAGUGACAGCAGUAUCUUCGUCCAGAGUCGUAACUGUAACUAUCAGCAUGGUUUCCAUGCCACCACUGUAUGUAAGAUCCCCAGUGGCUGCAGUCUGAAGAUCUUCAACAACCAGCUGUUUGCUGAGCUCCUCUCUCAGUCUGUCAACCACGGCUUUGAGGUGGUCUACGAACUGACCAAGAUGUGUACUAUACGCAUGAGCUUCGUCAAGGGCUGGGGUGCAGAGUACCACCGUCAGGAUGUCACCAGCACCCCCUGCUGGAUAGAGGUGCACCUGCAUGGCCCUCUGCAGUGGCUGGACAAGGUCCUCACACAGAUGGGCUCUCCCCAUAAUCCCAUCUCCUCCGUGUCCUAACGCACACACACAGAGAUGUGGCCUGUCCUAAAACACACACACACACAGAUGUGGCCUGUCCUAAAACACACAC